AUGGAGGAAAGGGGUGCAGAAUUCAUUGUGGCAUCAUAUUCUGAAAUACUAUGCGCGAUUUUAUUCAGAGGUGACGAAAUUUCGGUCAUGGAAGCAUCGAAUAUCUGUGACAAUUCAUUGAAUUGUGGUGGGUUGGGUAGAUCCUCUAGGGCGCACCAAAUGCUAUAUGCUAUCCUAAUCAGACCAUCAUUUUCAUGGCCUGUCAUUGGUGCCACACGCCUGAACCCUCACAAUCCAGAGAUUGGUGGAAACUAUAGCAGUAGAGUCUCUCGAGAGCAAGGAGUGAAAAGGAUAUGUUGGCCGAGAAGUAAUCCUAACCGGUGGUGGUUUGAUUACUUUCCGGUGAAGCAUGCCAGUGUACAUGCCAAAUCCUCAAGUGGAGAAGCAUAG